AUGACGGACUACGAAUCACUACAUAACCCGGGUACACCACGUUAUGCUCUACUGUCAGAUCGAGUAGCGUCGUUUGAAAAUGCUCCCGAACACUUGCAGAAGCUAUUACCUACCAUUGCAGAAGCGGGAUACUUUUACAAAGGGUACGGGGAUAACACGUGCUGUUUUUAUUGCAACUUUGGACUUCAACAUUGGGGAGCUGUCGACAAUCCUUGGAUACAACAUGCUUAUUGGUAUCCUCACUGUCCUUACCUGAAGUGUAAUAAGGGCAAACAAUGGGUACGCCAAAUGUUCGACGCCGUUAGCCGAAUGCGAGACACGGGGAAGGAUUGGGGAGACUUGUCUGUAGACAGUGUGGAGAAUCCGGCUACGACGACGGAGAAAUGUCAUCUGUGUUUAGAAAGAGACUUGAGAAUAGCUUUUUUACCUUGUGGUCAUUUAUGUACUUGUGCUAUAUGUGCUACGGGACUGAAACAAUGUCCUAUUUGUAGACAUAGUGUUGAGCAAGCUUUGAAACAUGAAUUUACCAUGGUGGUGGCUGGACCCUCUAAAUCGGGUAAAACGGAAUUUGUCAAACAGCUGGUACAAAAUACGCAGUGGAUUGCACCGCCUCCCGAAAAGAUAGUAUAG